AUGGCAAUACUUCAAAUUCUAAAAAGAUUCCGUUGCAGAAGUGACAGCUUCGAGGAAAAUAAUAUUGCAGACAACGAUGCGCGCAGAAAGACGCGCUGCGUACCUCCGUACAGUGGGUCAUCAAAGUAUAUGGAUAUAUGUCAAGUAACUGAUCCGGCCUCCAUAGAGUUCCAGCCAAUCUCAUCGGAAUCGAUGGUUUUCUCGGUAGAUUUUGAAUCGAAUAGUUCAUUCUUCCCAGAAACUACUAGAGUAGAACCGCGUGUUAGAACGAGAGGAAAUGAACUUGAACAGACCGACGAUAGCAUCGCACUGCACCCCCUUGUACCAUCGGGGGCUAGCUUUGACAAGGUACGAACAUGUAGUGCUACACCUAGUAGCCCUUUCUGUAACGACACUCGUUCGGCGUUGAGGAAAACCUCAUCAACACCUACAUCGCUUCGUUCGAGGUCAUUCCGUAUGUCGAGUCCACUUCCUCGAGGGUACAGAGCGAAUCUAAGUGAUAGUCGUCUCUACAUGAGGAAGUUGUGCAUUGCAAAUCAAAUCGUCCAUACGCUACCAGAGGAUCAACGCAGUAUAGCGCAGCAUUCUGACUUGACUACCAUAUUGACUAUGUACAGUCCUACGACGCGCAAAGGCACAUCUGAUGGCCGUCUUGACGGCUCGUCUAUGCCGAUCGCAGGAGACUUCGUUGAGAGUUCUACUUCUAAGCAAUAUCCCGUGAUUCCCCGACGCUCAUCGCCAGAAACAUCUGGUGUGCACACUGAAGCCGAUCUUUUGAUGCCGUUAUCUCCAAAUAUCUCCAAAUAUGUUGAUGGCGUGCCACUCGGGGCACACGUGUUUUUGGAAGAAGAUUUAACCCAAGCCAAGGUGGUUGCGGGCGAUUGGCUCAUAAAUGGAGUCUCGCCCGGGUCUAGCUUAUCAUCAGUAAAUGAAGUCCCAAUAAGUGCGAAUCCUGUCGACAGGUUCGUAAAUAAUGCGCCGUCCAGCCCAGACAUGCCAUCGGAUAGUGCAAAUCCAGCUAACACGAUUCUGGAUAACAGAUUCAUCAAUGGAAUGUUGCCUGGGUCAAAAAAGUCCUUCGAUAACUCGAUCCAGGUUAAUGCGAUUGAGGUUGACAGAUUUGUUAAUGGGGUAGCAUCCAGGAAUGAUGUGUGUCUCAAAGGAUUGACGACGAGACGAACACAGUCGUGUCAUACGAUACGAUCAAAGGAUGGAAAUCGGGUGCGAUUCAGGGCAGAUACAAUUAUUUACGAAACCUUUCAUUGUACAGUGUAUGAUCGGAAAGUCGAGAAACUCUUUGCGAGCAAAUCGAUGAUGGAAAUUUACCGUGAGCUCAUGAGGUUCAAGCUCACAGAAAUGAUAGUACAUGAAGAUUCGUUGAUCAAUACCAACAAGCAUCUUGCAAAGUUGAGCGAAGGGGAUCGCGCAACCAUGCUCUUGGAAAUAUGGUGUAUACUUUCAGAGCACCAGGUACAAUAUUGA